AUGGGCCACGAAGACGCCGUCUACCUUGCCAAGCUCGCCGAGCAGGCUGAGCGAUAUGAGGAGAUGGUUGAGAACAUGAAGAUUGUCGCUGGUGAGGAUCGAGAUCUCACUGUCGAGGAGCGAAACCUUCUCUCCGUUGCCUACAAGAACGUCAUUGGCGCCCGCCGUGCCUCCUGGCGCAUAGUCACCUCUAUCGAGCAGAAGGAAGAGUCAAAGGGCAACUCUUCUCAGGUUACCCUUAUCAAGGAGUACCGACAGAAGAUCGAGGCCGAGCUUGCCAAAAUCUGCGACGACAUUCUCGAGGUUCUCGACCAGCACCUUAUUCCCUCUGCCAAGUCUGGCGAGUCCAAGGUUUUCUACCACAAGAUGAAGGGUGACUACCACCGUUACCUUGCUGAGUUCGCCAUCGGUGACCGCCGCAAGGACUCUGCCGACAAGUCCCUCGAGGCCUACAAGGCUGCUACUGAGGUUGCUCAGACUGAGCUUCCUCCUACUCACCCUAUCCGCCUGGGUCUUGCCCUCAACUUUUCAGUUUUCUACUACGAAAUUCUCAACGCCCCUGACCAGGCUUGCCACUUGGCCAAGCAGGCAUUUGACGACGCUAUUGCUGAGCUCGAUACCCUGAGCGAGGAGAGCUACAAGGACUCUACACUGAUUAUGCAACUGCUCCGUGACAAUCUUACUCUCUGGACCUCCUCUGAGGCCGAGACCUCCGCUGCUGGUCAGGCCGAGGCUCCCAAGGAGGACGCACCUGCGGCCGCUACCGAGGAGCCAGCUGCCCCGGCCGAGGAGCCUAAGGCCGAGUAA